CUUGACACAUGAGAAAUCGAAGUUACUAAAUUAACCUCGGUGCUCGAUUCUCGUAAGAUUGUCGAUUCAAUUGUCUUCUUUACAUCUAGUCAUCUCUCUCGCCUCGUUCGGUUUUAGCUUCAAGACUGAUAAAAUUAUCACGUAACUCGUGGGUAUUUAGAUUAAAUAAGAAAUAGUUGUUGUUUGUUAUAUUUGACGUUAAUAUUGUCUCGAACAGUUUACCGAAGCUUACUUUGGUCUUUCUCUCCGGUGACUAAUCAUCUCGAAACAGUCUCGAAGUUAGAGUUAAAGCAUGAUAAGGACGUUUAAUUAGUGAUCAAAAUAUUCUGUGUGAUUUGUAAGAGUGAAUUGUUGUGAAGCGAUUUAUAUGUAAUGUCUGACGGAGACCCUUCUCUCGAAGAAGAUAUUCCAAAGCCUUUGUUAGAAAGGCCCGAAGAAAAUGUGUUCACGCCAAAGAUAGCGACUCCUAUAUUUGCUGGAAGCGUGAAGAUUCACCACAAGCCAUCAGACGCUGCGGAAACUGAAUCUUUUCUAUCUGAUGCACAGCGCAAUGAGCUUGCGUUCCAACAGUUAUUCCAAGAUGGAGAUGGAGAAUUUCACGAAACGGAGAAAGCGGCGCAGGAGAGGAUCGCUGAUCUGCACGCCAUGUCGGUGCUGAGUACUUACCAGGACAACCUCUCGCAGGAAAUGAAUACCGACCGGGACAACGGUAGCGAGGCAUCUACUCGUCCCGCUGAAGAUUGUGGUUGCGGACUACCAGCCGCCCCAGCGGACGUAACCAACAAUAAUGGGAAACCAGUGGCGAAUCAUUGCUCGAUAGUGAUGGGAGGUAUCCUUAACAAUCCAUCGUUAACGUUCAACGAUAGAGUGCGGUCGGUUGACUUUGUGUUGGUGUGGGAGGCGGGUAAAGAUGACGCGACUACUGAAGAGGCAUACGAACAUAGACGAAUAUUUGAGCAGAAUCUUGAGAACGAGGGUUUGCAACUGGAAAAAGAAGCGCCUGAAGAACUCUAUGGAUUGCACUUUAUUAAGAUACACGCACCAUUGGCGGUGCUUAGAGACUACAGCGAAGUGCUCAAGCUAAGAAUGCCGAUGAAGGAAUGCAGUAAGAUACGAAAAGGGGCUCGGACGAAUGCCAUACUGAAUGCUGCGAUGUAUAUGUCUAAGUUUUCAGCGCUAAAAGAUGUUCAUGAGAAGACGAAUAGUCUAAUAGACAAAAUAGACGAAUGUUGGGACAAUGUGAUGUCGAAGAUAAGAGUAGAUCCCGCGCUGUUCCCGGAGAGAAAGCAUCGGUUGACUGCAAUAUAUUCUAAGGACAAGGAAUACUUGUUCGAUACAUCAGCCGAAUGCUUUUGGACGCCAUCGAUCAGGUCUCGCAUAGUCCAGUUUAUCCUGGACCGCAAGAAGUUCUCUGAAUCAGCGAAUGACGAUUUUGCUUUCGGAAUAACCAGACUAAUCUCCAAUAACACGUAUAGCGCCGCGUAUCCCUUACACGAUGGUGAUCUGAAAACUCCAGGGUCAAUGCGUCAUCUCCUGUACACGGAAUGGGCGAGCGUUUCGAAGUGUCUCAAGUAUCAGCCGUUGGAUUACGUAAAGGAUUACUUUGGCGUCAAAAUUGGGUUAUAUUUUGCAUGGCUAGGCUUCUAUACACACAUGUUAAUACCCGCGUCUCUGGUUGGUCUCAUAUGUGUCAUAUAUUCCGCUGCCACUGUUUACUCCAACAAGCCCAGCGAAGACAUAUGUAACUACAACUCCACGAUAAAGAUGUGCCCGCAAUGCGACUACUAUUGCGACUUCUGGGACUUGAAGACGACCUGCUUACAGUCACGGAUAACAUAUCUAUUCGAUAAUCCCACAACUGUAUUCUUCGCGAUCUUCAUGAGCUUUUGGGCGGCGUGUUUCCUGGAGCUGUGGAAGCGCUACUCGGCCGAGAUGACGCACCGCUGGGACCUGACGGGCUUCGACGUGUACGAGGAGCACCCGCGGCCGCAGUACCUCGCGCGCCUCGCGCACGUCAAGCGCACGCAGCUGAACGUGGUGACGGGCGAGCGCGAGCCCAUGGUGCCGUUCUGGCGCAUGCGGCUGCCGGCGGCGCUCAUGUCGUUCAGCGUGGUGGCGCUGCUCAUCCUGCUGGCGCUGGCCACGGUGCUGGGCGUCGUGCUCUACCGCAUGUCGCUGCUGGGCGCCAACUUCCUGCGCCAGCAGGAUAACGUGCUCAUCACCUACAGCCCCAUCAUGUUCACGACGGCUACGGCUGCCUCCAUCAAUCUUGUCUUCAUCUGUAUAUUCAAUUACAUCUACCAGUUCCUAGCCGAAUGGCUGACGGAGAAGGAACUCCUUCGAACUCAAACGGAAUUCGACGACUCGCUAACUCUUAAAAUUUAUCUACUUCAAUUCGUCAACUACUACGCUUCUAUCUUCUACAUCGCAUUCUUUAAGGGCAAGUUCGUGGGCCGGCCUGGGGACUAUGUUAGAUUUUUCGGUCAUAGACAAGAGGAGUGUUCUCCUGGAGGCUGCCUCCUUGAACUGUCGAUUCAGCUGGCCAUCAUAAUGAUCGGAAAGCAGUUCAUUAACACCGUCGUGGAGAUGAUGAUGCCUUACGUACUCAAAUGGUGGAACAUUCUUAGGACUAUUGGAAGGAAGAAGAGGAUAAAGAGUCCGCUGCAGUGGGUCAAGGAUUUCAAGUUAGUCGAUUUUGGGAACAUGGGGCUGUUUCCGGAGUAUUUGGAAAUGGUGCUGCAGUACGGGUUCGUGACGAUCUUCGUGGCGGCGUUCCCGCUGGCGCCGCUGUUCGCGCUCAUCAACAACGUGCUGGAGAUGCGCCUGGACGCCAAGAAGUUCCUGACGUGCUACCGCCGGCCCGUGCCGCAGCGCGUCAGCGACAUCGGCGUCUGGUACCGCAUCCUCGACUCCAUCGGCAAGCUCAGCAUCAUCACCAACGGUUUCAUAAUAGCCUUCACGUCGGAAUUCAUUCCUCGUUUGGUUUAUCAGUUCACGAACGGUUCCAUGGAUCAAUACGUGAAUCACACGUUGACUGAUUUCAGAAUAUCGGUGCUGGGGAAUUUAACAAAAUCGACGUACAACGAAACAAUGUGCAGUUAUCCGGGCUAUUGGCACUAUAAGGAUGGGGACGAUUACGAGCACACGAACUGGUACUGGCACGUAAUGGGAGCUCGGUUGGCGUUUGUCGUUGUAUUCGAGAACGUGGUGGCGCUGGUGAUGAUCAUCGUGCGCUGGGCGAUCCCCGACAUGUCGGGCGAGCUGCGCGACCGCAUCCGGCGCGAGGCCUACGUCAUCAACAGCUUCAUCAUGGAGGAGACGCGCGCGCGCUCGCAGGCGCGCCGCUCGCCGCCAGGUGAGGAUGGAGACGAAUCCAAUUGGAACCAUUUGGCUUCACUCUCUGGUUCCGACUUCGAUCUCGCAGCGCACGGGGACCAUCAGGACAUCCGCGACUUGUCCAAGCACGUCGUAACUCAACCGCCAGAGGGCUCGCCUGGACCUGAACAUGUAUAACUUUACAUUAUAUUUGACUGAGAAGUAACCCUACAAAUAUUAUAUCAGUAUGUUUAUUGCAUAUGAAUCAUAAAGCAUUUAAACAUUUGCCCGAU